GGGCAUAAAUGGGUCAAUUGAUUUGUUGUUAACCUUGUCAAAUCUCUUUUCUCUCGUCUUUCCGAGCAAAAAUCAUGACCAGCUCUUCCGCUGCCUCUCGCAAGGCUCUGAGUAAGAUUGCCUGCAACAGGCUUCAGAAGGAACUUGUGGAGUGGCAGGUCAAUCCCCCCACCGGUUUCAAGCACACCGUCACGGAUAAUCUUCAAAGGUGGGUUAUUGAAGUGACUGGAGCUCCGGGUACGCUUUACGCCAAUGAAACCUACCAACUUCAGGUCGACUUUCCCGAGCACUACCCCAUGGAAGCUCCACAGGUCAUAUUUUUGCACCCUGCUCCACUGCAUCCCCACAUCUAUAGCAAUGGGCACAUUUGUUUAGAUAUACUGUAUGACUCAUGGUCCCCGGCCAUGACAGUUAGCUCUAUCUGCAUCAGCAUUCUCUCAAUGCUUUCAAGCUCGACUGUAAAGCAACGCCCUGAAGAUAAUGACCGCUAUGUAAAGAACUGCAGAAAUGGUAGAUCUCCUAAGGAGACAAGGUGGUGGUUCCACGAUGAUAAAGUAUAAUUUCUAGUUAUCUCUAUUAACAAAAUUAGAGUAGAGGAUUAUCCUUUUGAAAGAAAAAUCCUCAGGGGAGAAAGGCAUUCUGAGAACGCAGGAUGCCAUGAAACGCAUAAUAACUCUGAUGUAAAUUGUCAUUUACCCAAUUACCUGGUAUUGUAAAGGAAGAGGAAACAAUGUGACUCAAGCAACUUUAAGGAGUAAGCAAACUCGAAAUAUUGUGAUUGCGGGGUAAAGGUACUUGGAUAAUACAGUCGGUCUAUAUGCCCCUUUAUUUGAGAAAUGAUGUGGUCUGAUGCAUUACUCGCGUUUUUAUAGAUUUGUGAAUUUACUACCAA